UAUGAAGGCAGAAGAUACAGAGGGAGAAGAAGAGACGUAUGUGACUGAUAUGAAGGCAGAAGAUACAGAGGGAGAAGAAGAGACGUAUGUGACUGAUAUGAAGGCAGAAGAUAUAGAGGGAGAAGAAGAGACGUAUGUGACUGAUAUGAAGGCAGAAGAUACAGAGGGAGAAGAAGAGACGUAUGUGACUGAUAUGAAGGCAGAAGAAAUAGAGGGAGAAGAAGAGACGUAUGUGACUGAUAUGAAGGCAGAAAAUAUAGAGGGAGAAGAAGAGACGUAUGUGACUGAUAUGAAGGCAGAAGAUAUAGAGGGAGAAGAAGUGACAUAUGUGACUGAUAUGAAGGCAGAAGAUACAGAGGGAGAAGAGACGUAUGUGACUGAUAUUAAGGCAGAAGAUAAAGAGGGAGAAGAAGAGACGUAUGUGACUGAUAUGAAGGCAGAAGAUAUAGAGGGAGAAGAAGAGACGUAUGUGACUGAUAUGAAGGCAGAAGAUACAGAGGGAGAAGAAGAGACGUAUGUGAGGGGUGAUCAGCAGUGUAAGGAGGAGGAAAUCCCUACAGAUAUCGGCACAGUAGAUGGAGGCACAAGCCGGAAUGCCUUGGAGGGAGAUCUCAUCUUGUCUGCAGAUACUAAAACAGAAGAUAACAUCACACCAGAUUCUCCAGGAGACAGCGCUGUUAUGCUAAAUAUACAUCCAGUACCUCACAGCGCAGAUAUAUCAUCCAAUCCCUCUAAUCACGAGGACUAUUCUCCUGAUACCUCAGCUUUUGUAACACAUAGUGCAGCUCAUACACCUGAUAAUAUAUUCCCCUGUUCCGAGUGUGGGAAAUGUUUUACACUUAAAUCACAUCUUGUUACACAUCAGAGAAGUCACACAGGUGAGAAGCCAUUUCCAUGCUCUGAGUGUGGGAAAUGUUUUACACUUAAAUCAUAUCUUGUUAGCCAUCAGAGAAUUCACACAGAUGAGAAGCCAUUUCCAUGCUCUGACUGUGGGAAAUGUUUUACACUUAAAUCAUAUCUUGUUACACAUCAGAGAAGUCACACAGGUGAGAAGCCAUUUCCAUGCUCUGAGUGUGGGAAAUGUUUUACACAGAAAUCAAAUCUUGUUACACAUCAGAGAAGUCACACAGGUGAAAAGCCAUUUACAUGCUCUGAGUGUGGGAAAUGUUUUACACAGAAAUUAAAGCUGGUUAGCCAUCAGAGCAGUCACACAGGUGAGAAGCCAUUUCCAUGCUCUGAGUGUGGGAAAUGUUUUACACUUAAAUCAAAUCUUGUUAACCAUCAGAGAAGUCACACAGGUGAGAAGCCAUUUCCAUGCUCUGACUGUGGGAAAUGUUUUAGAUGGAAAUCACAAAUUGUUACACAUCAGAGAAGUCACACAGGUGAGAAGCCAUUUCCAUGCUCUGAGUGUGGGAAAUGUUUUACACUUAAAUCAUAUCUUGUUAAACAUCAGAGAAGUCACACAGGUGAGAAGCCAUUUCCAUGCUCUGACUGUGGGAAAUGUUUUACACAGAAAUCACAUCUUGUUACACAUCAGAGAAGUCACACAGGUGAAAAGCCAUUUCCAUGCUCUGAGUGUGGAAAAUGUUUUACACGUAAAUCACGUCUUGUUACGCAUCAGAUUUCACACAGGAGAAGCAUUACUAUGAGUUGAUACAAAACAGGGUUGAAGCAACACUCCUGUCACACACUAUUUUAACACGUUAUGUUAUCCUUCCACAGAUAAUUGGAAUGUGUGUCAUUAAUAUAAGAUGACUAGAUCACUCCAGCAAAACUUUUAGUAAUUUCUCCUAUAUAUUUUUCUGUAUAAUAUUUCCUAUAUAUGUAAUUUAGUCUAGAUGUUGCCAGCACUCUCCACAGUAAUACCAGACCACAUAACUGUUAUGUAUGGGUUACAUUGUAUGGAUUUCAGUCACAGAUAAACGAUAAAACACA